CCGGCUUCAUUCUCCUCUUUUCAAUUUUCACUGCCAUCCUCCUAAUCUACAGGGUUUUGAUGGUUGCAAAGAGCCUGUCGCAAUGUCUAGUGAGAACAAUGACCACCUGGUGCAAUCUACUGAUCCAGAGCAUCCAGCCAACUUGAUUCCGGCGCUAUGCAAACAAUUUUAUACUCUUGGAUGGGUCACUGGCACUGGAGGAGGCACUAGCAUUCGGAAAGAUGACCAUGUCUUCAUUGCGCCCUCGGGAGUCCAAAAGGAACUGAUGAAGCCUGAGAAUAUUUUCGUGCUCUCUUACCCAACCCCAAAAUAUCCACCCUCUGCACGACAAUAUAUCCGGAAACCCAUCGAUCUCAAACCAUCAGCAUGCACGCCUUUGUUUCUUGCUGCCUUCGAGCGCGGCGCUGGCUGUUGCAUUCAUACACAUUCUCAAUGGGCUGUGCUUGUCACCCUGCUUGUCGAGAAGAUGUCAGGAACAGCGGCAUGUUUCGAGAUCAGCAACAUUGAACAGAUCAAAGGCAUCCCCAAAGGUCCAGGGAAGGGCAUGCUCGGCUUUCACGAUACCAUGAGGAUACCAAUCAUCGAAAACACUCCUUUCGAGGAGGAUUUGACCGAGCACUUGGAAAAGGCAAUGGAACAGCAUCCUGACACUUGCGCCGUAUUAGUUCGCCGUCAUGGAAUAUAUGUCUGGGGUGACAAUGUCGCCAAAGCCAAAACUCAGUGUGAAAGCCUAGAUUAUCUCUUCCAGCUAGCAGUCGAAAUGCAUAAGCUGGGGCUGCCUUGGACUUGAUUGACCUCGUCACGAAUUCUCGAGCCUAGGGGAAGAUAUGCUUCUCGCUUGUAUUUUUGCUCAUUGUUGGUUUCGAUGAGAAGAGCAUCCUUGAAGAUUUAGAAUAGAUUGCUUUGGCCUGCGUCCUUAUUUCGUUGUUGCUUUCUCUGAAUGCAUCAAUCAGUCUGCACUCUGGACAUAUACUACCAGGUAUCCGU